GUUAGAAUCAAGGGGCUAGAAAAAAAUAAAAUAGAUACUACUACCCUCAAGACUGAAAAUGAUGAGCUUAAAGCUAGAGUUGCGAAAUUGGAACAGAAGCAAUUGCAAAAUGAUAAGGAAGAGACAAACCUUAUUGCCAAAUUAGAUAAUUAUACCAGGGAAACCAAUCAAUCUUCAGUUAACACUGCCUCUUAUGAAGCAAAUUCCAAUGAUACUCCUGUACAGAUAGUUUCACAAAAUAAGAAUGUGAUAUUUCUGACAACUGAUGAAUCCAAUGACACUUCAGCAAAGCAGGCACAGCCAAAUUCCACGAGAUUGACACCAUUGCAAAGCAAUAAGACUCAAUGCUCUAUAUCACUUAUAUGUGCAAAGCCUAAAUCGUCAGAGGAUAAGGAAAUGAUUGAUUUUCUGGAUCGGAAAGAAAAAGAAGGGAUUAGAGAUAUGAUGAUAAAAAGGAACAGGGAAAAGAAACUAUUACAAAAUAAUGAAGCAUCUGCUUCUCGAGAUCAGAAUGUUCCGGAACCUAUUGAUCAAACUAUUUCUUCCGAGAACGGAGCUCAUUGUUUCACAAUAAUAGAAAUUCCAUAUAAUCAAAAAGUGGAACAAGGUUUAAGACAUGAGUAA